AGAUUAUUUCUGCUCGGUUGUGUGCUGGAGGUGAUUCGGUGUCACAGGGAAGAUCCAUUAUUACCAGAGGGGGAGUCCUGCCUGCAGCAUCAUGUCCAUCUUCAUGCUCCUGAACCUGCUCCUUCUGUCCGUUGCGGAAUUCUCGCGGUCGGCGGAGGGCUGCACAUGUAACCCCACUCACCCCCAGGAGGCAUUCUGCAACUCUGACAUUGUCAUCCGAGCCAAGGUAGUGGGAAAGAAACUGAUGAAGGAUGGACCUUUCGGAACAAUGCGUUAUACCGUCAAGCAGAUGAAGAUGUAUCGCGGCUUUAAGAUAAUGCCCCACGUUCAGUACAUCUACACAGAAUCUUCAGAGAGUCUGUGUGGGGUCAAGUUUGAGGUGAACAAAUACCAGUAUCUGAUAACAGGACGCGUGUAUGAUGGGAAGGUGUACACCGGCCUUUGUAACUUAAUCGAGAAGUGGGAGAAGCUGACCCUCGCUCAACGCAAGGGACUCAAUCACAGAUACCAUCUUGGAUGCAACUGCAAGAUCAAGUCUUGCUAUUACCUGCCCUGCUUUAUCACCUCCAAGAACGAGUGUCUUUGGACCGACAUGCUCUCCAACUUUGGCUACCCUGGCUAUCAGUCCAGGAAUUACGCCUGCAUCAAGCAAAAGGAGGGUUACUGCAGCUGGUACAGAGGAUGGGCCCCUCCAGACAAAACCGUAAUCAACACCACGGACCCCUGAGCCCACCGCUCACGCGGUCCAGAAGAUAUUAUAGACACUGAUCAAAAAUUUUAAGCAGCAAUGAAAUUGGUGCCUGAUUUCUUGCUAAAUUUCGCACUUCGAACUCUUAAACCUUUGCCAUCAAUACUGAAACUAUAUUUUUUAAUCACCCAUUUAAGCCAGAUGUGGACGGGGGUUUUCCUCUUGUGUACGAGAUAUUGUAGACAUCAGUAAGGGCAUUGUUAGCAAGAAAUACUGGGAAGUGUGGAUACCUGGGGGUAUCAGUGCAAGGAAUUCUUCUCUGCAGUGCCAAACUCCUGCCACAAGAGGCGCUGUGUAGCUAACAAACGUGCGAAGAGCCACUCUGCGCUGUGAGGAACCUCUCUAUUGUGCCAACCAAUCUCUAUAUAAAGAGAGGGGCACUGUUUAACCACUAGGGGAGAAGGGGGUAAUCACUCCGAACUAUUAACUAUUUGACAAAAGUAUUCCCAAUACAACAGCGUAUGUAUUUCUCUUUCCUUUGACAUAUACGUUUCUGAAACGACACUGUGAAUUGCCUCCUUUUGUGCUUUCUAGAUAGAAUUCUGAUGGAAAGUUGUAAUUCAUAAUGGCAAGAACCCCGACUAAUUGUCACAAAGCCCUAUAAUCUGAAUUAUAAAACUGGAGGGG